ACAACGGAAACCACGGAAACUACGGAAACUACAGCAGACAUAUCGGACACGACAACGACAGCGGAAACCACAGCAGACACAUCGGACACGACAACGACAACAUCCACUACCAGCGAGGAUACCACUACUACUACAGACACCACCUCGGACACCACCACAGAGACAACGUCAGAUACGACCACAGAAGCCACCACAGAGACCACCUCGAAUACCUCGGAUACGAGUGCUGAAACAACUAGCACACCAAGCGCAACAACGAGCACAGCGUCGACCUCCACGAGCACCACUACAACCAGUUCUACUACCACCACAAGCACAAGCUCUACUAGCACAAGUAGCACAUCCAGGACAACCACGUCAAGUAGUAGUUCCUCGGCCACAACCAGUAGCUCGACGACCAGCACGACGACCAGCCCCUCCAGCACGACUUCGCCGAGCUCCACGAGCCCUCCCCCAGCCGGUACCCCCACAGAUCCUCCAGCAGGCAGCCCGACCACAGCAGCCUCGCCGGCCUUCACCACCGUCGAGCCCGCCCCGACCGAGCCCCUCGUACUGCAGGUCGUGGGAUCGAACCCCAUGGGCGACGGCGGCAGCGGCAGCGGCUCCGACACCACCACGGCCAACAACAACAACGGGCGCCGCGGCCUCGAGAAGCGCCGGCGGCUCGGCCCCGCGCCGGGCGCCCGCGGCUUCGUGGGCGGGUCCGGGUCCGGGGCGGGCUUGGGCGUCAGCGGCGACUGCAACGCCGCGGCGGCCUUCAGCGUCGACGGGCGGGGCGCGCUGCGCGCCGCCGACGGCCGCCUCGUCUCGACCGACCCGGGCGUGCCAUACCAGCACUUCACCGCGGACGCGCCGGGCGCGCCGGCCCGCGCACUCACGCGCGAGUGGAGGCUGGCCGACGGCGACCUCGUCUGGUUCAAUGACGCCUUUGUCGGCGGCGUCUCGGGUUUCUGCUUGGACGUGACGGGCGUGGUCUGGAUGACGUUUGCGGGGCCAGGGGACCUGCCCCCCGGAUGCAGGAGCGUCGAGCUCGUCCCUGCGCUUGUUAGGGAUUGCCAGCCAGAUGGAACUAUCAAUCCGGGAGGGACCUCGACCACUGCUCCGAGCGGCACUGGCACCGGCGGCGGCGGUGGUGGUGGUAGUGGAGGAGGAGGAGCAGGAGGAGGUGGUGGUGCUGGUGCCGGCGGCGGGCCCGGUCAAACGCCAGGGCCGACAUCACCGGCCAACGCGACGCUCUCGCUGGGCGACGGGUGGUUUUUCAACACGGCCCCUCCAGAGCCCCUCGAGUCGUUCGCCUGCACCCCAUGGGAGGGCUACUGGUCGGUGGGUGAGACUGCUCUCCGAUCAUCGGCCGUCGUCAGUGGGUUUGGCGGCGCAGCCAACGAUACGGGCGAAGAGCUUUAGGAGGUACAAGAUGGCUGUCUUGUUCGGUUUGCGGAGGAUAACCUGGGGCAUAUACAUGAACUAGGUUCACAUUAGUUUGCCCUUUUCUUUUGCCAGUUUUGUCAGCCAUGGAUUUUGCUGCCGGGUAC